AUGACGGAGCAACUGGAGUCUUUUAUCCAGAGCGAUAACUACCAUGAUAUACCAGCCCUUGAUGGCGCCGUUAUUGGUGUAGAUGCAGUUAUUUGCGCCUACCAAGCUGAUCCUGUGUUGAACCUCGACGGGUGCCUCUUGCUUCUUCACGCUGCCGAAAGAGCAGGCGUCAAAACGUUUGUGGCCCCGACCUGGAAUAGUAACUGGUUGUCAAUUACCUUUGGUGACUUCGAACUGUACAACGGCGUCCCGGCCUUCGUCGAUCAUGCUGCAGCCACGAGCGUAGGGCCCUUUGAGUCGGAUGGCAAGUCAGCAAACCUUCAUUACCGGGGGGAUGUGCACAAGCGGAAGAUCCCAUGGACUCCGAUGGAUGAUGCAGCUAUGUGGACUAUUGAGCUUCUGAAGCAGCCGGAUGUGGUAGCUGGUAACGGAGGCAGCUUCAAGUUUCAGUACGGAGUGGACACUCUUGAAGACUUGGCGUUGGAAUAUGAAAGGAUCACGGGCGUCGCGGUGGAAUUGGUCAGAGACGGGAGUGCUAAGGACCUACAUAAGGAGCUACAGUCUUCAAAGAACGCCAGAGGGGGAGCUGGAUGGCGUGAGUACCCAUGGUUCUCUUAG